AUGUCUAUCGACCUGGAAUGGUGCAAAUUGGACGCUUCUCUAUCUUUGAAACUCGUCGGCCUCCUCAACAAACAGCUCAGCACGACUACCAGACCAUCAUUUAUUGGACCUGUUGAAGUAAAGGGGCUCGAAUUCGGUACAGCAGCACCAGAUGUCGAGUUGGUGGACCUUCGUGAUAUCUACAGAGAUUUUUUGGAGGACGACGACGAUGAGGACGAGGAUAAAGGCCCAGUGAAGGUCACUGAAGGUGUAGAGGAGGAGGACUUUGAGUGGGUUUCCAGGAAAGCUGCACGUCUAGAUGAAGGACUACCACAACUGCCACCACAUCUUCGGUUUACGAGACGAAGUAAUCCGAUGGACAUGUUCGCUUCAACGCCCACGUUGCCUCAUAUGAAUGCAUGGGAUUCCAGAAUUCCAGCGACUUUUUCUCCCUAUGACCGACUACCUUUGCAUGAACGAGUGCCGUUCCAACCAUCUUCGGGGCCUUCUCCUCCAGACUCCGAUAGCGAUUCCUUGUCACCACCACCACCACCACCACCACCACCACUGGCCUCUCAGCCAGAUAGCGGGAGACCCAAUCUUCAAUUACAUUUCCAUGUCAACUGGCAGUCGGACCUUCGUAUCACUCUAACGACCUCCCUUCUCAUUAAUUACCCAUCUCCCAUGUUCAUGUCUCUUCCGAUAAAACUUUCCGUUACCGGUCUCAUCUUCAACGGUGAAAUCGCCGUGGCUUACGAAGGUGAACGUAACCGCGUCCAUCUUUGUAUUUUGGACGAACUCGAUCCAUACGGGCCAGCAGGAAUGGACAGACCCAAACGCGAAACACCAACACCUCCAGAUCCCUAUGUCUAUGACCUUGGAAACUCGAACUCGACGACUCUAGAUGAAGACUCACCCCCUCCGUCUAUCGGUGCCGGUGUUCCUCCUCGUCCCGGAAAGCCCUUACCGAUCGGACAACGACUGCUUCCGUCGAUUUUCAUCGAGAGUGAGAUUGGACAGGCGGAUAAACACGUUUUGAAGAAUGUGACUAGGGUGGAGAGGUUUAUUCAGGAUGUCAUUCGGAAAACGGUGGAAGAAGAGCUGGUGUUUCCGAACUUCCACACGUUGGUCAUGAGUGGAUAG